AUGAGGUGUAGUGCUCAUAUAAUCAACUUGAUAGUUAAGGAGGGUUUGAAGAGAUUAGAAAGCUCCAUUGUGGCAAUCCACAAUGCGGUCGAGUUUGUGAGUUCCUCACCUUCUCAGUUGAGUUACUUCAAAAUGUGUGUUGAGAUGGAAAAAAUAGAGUGCAAGGGGUUGGUGGUGAUGGAUGUGCCCACUAGGUGGAACUCCACUUAUUUGAUGCUUGAUGCGGCAUUGAAAUUUCGAAAAGCUUUUGAUAGAAUGGGGGAUGAUCCCGAUUCUUCCUACUUAAUGUACUUUAAGGAAGAUGAAGGAGAUGACAAGAGAAUUGAAGGCAUUGAAGGAAGUGGGAAAGGGAAGGGAAAGUCUAAGACUAAUAAGAGGGUGGGUCCACCUAGUGAUGAAGAUUGGGAAAAAGCCGUGACAUUUGUGAUGUUUUUGAAGACCUAUGAUGUUACUUUGAAAAUUUCAGCUUCUUUGCAUCCAACAUCACACUCAACCUUCCAUGACUUGCUUGCCAUAGAUGGGGAGAUUCGGGAGUUGUAUAGAUAUGAUGUUACAAUUCCUAUUGAAGAACGGACAGCCAUGGAUACUCUUUUAAAUGAUAUGGCAGCAUCAAUGAAGAAGAAAUAUGAUAAAUAUUGGGGUGAACUUCAUAAAGUGAACCCAUUCUUGAUGAUAGGAGUUGUGAUUGAUCCCCGAUUCAAGCUUCGCAAUUUGAAGCACAUCUUUGAAGAAAUAUUUGAAAAUGAUCCUACUUGUGAUAGAUUGGUGGCUCAAAAGACAAAUGAGGUGAAACAACUUCUUAUGAAUAUGUAUGAAGUGUAUAAGCCUAGUAGUAACAAUAUGGGUGCUACUAGUACUACCAAUGAGAGUGGUGGUAGUACUAACAAUGAAACCGACUCUUCUUUGGUUUUUGGAGGGUGGUGGAGAAUAAAUGGGCUCAAGUAUCCUACUUUGGCAUCAAUUACAAAUGAUGUGCUUGCAAUCCCUACUUCCACAAUAGCUUUGGAGUCUUGUUUUAGCACAAGUGGGAGAGUGAUUGACUCGUUUCAAAGCUCAUUGUCUCCUAGGAUAGUUGAGGCUUUGAUUUGCUCUCAAAAUUGGAUAAGGUCUGAAGAUAUAUCUUCAUUGCAAUAUGUGCCAAGCAUUGAGGAGAUGGAGUUCUAUGAAUCAAUUGAAAUGGGUUGCUUUGUUAAGGCUUUUGGAAGAAUGGAUGCAGCAGAUUUUUUGCAAGGAUAUUAUCUUCAUGUGUAUUUUUAUGAUGGGUUGUAA